UACGUUGUUGUGUCUAUUGUUUCGUUUUUGAAGACCACACAAGUUCAGACAGAAACUCAAAUGUUGUUCAAUUGACACUUUAUCUCGUUUUAUUUUACCAACGGCUACUGUCGGUCUGGCACAUCGUUUUUUGAUCUUACGUGAGUUCUGACACAACCCCCAUUCCCAUGGCCUCUGCCCUGAGCCAUCUCUCUCCAAUGUCUGGAAGAGAGAGAGAAGGAUGGAGUGAUAGAGGAGGAGAGGACCGGGUGGAGGAUGAGUUUGCGUGUUCCGGCGCACUACGCGGAGCCCUACUGUCCUUCCACCCCUCCCUGGAGAGGAUUUUUGGGGUGUCCUUUAUUAUCGGGAGAGAGGAGGAUGCUGUGUUGCCACAUGAUGGACAGAUCUGGCUUAAACUAAGAGGAGGAAGGAACGACGUUGUGGCUGCCAAAUUGUUUGUUAAGGGAGUUGUGAACCAGGAGGCCCCGCAGGAAGUUCCGUAUCCAGGGGUCCUUCACUGUGUGUUCUGUGGAGCACGGGGGCUGUUCAUGGACUGCCUGAUCAGAAACACCUCUGCUCGCAUAGUGGUGGUUUCCCCAGGCUUCCUGCUCAUCUCAGGUCUGGCAGAACCAGUGGUCAGGGCCUACUCCCUGAUCACAGACCUUGUGCAGCGCUCCGAGGGCACCCAGGGACGACUCAGCGAGCCUAGGGACAGGGCAGCAGGCGAGACCCUGGAUUCUCGUCGGGCCUUCAAGUCUCUGGUGGAGAGAUGGGAUGACAGGCACACUCUGGACCUGCUAGUGCUACCGGGAGCAGUGAAGGAGACUUUACUGGAUCUGGUGAGGGAAUCUGGGCUGGGAUCUAACCCUGGUCCCGGGGGCUUGAACCCGGGUCAUGGGGGUUCAAACCCAGGUCAUGGUUGUUUAAAUCCUGGUCCAGGGCUGGGCUCAAACACCAUUCCAGGGCUGGGCUUGAACCUUGGUCUUGGGGGGUCUAGAGACAGAAUGGGUCUAAUGGACACUGAUACACAGAGACUAUGGGACAGCCAAUUCGAAUUAGAUGCACUAACACUUAUGGAUACCAGAAUAGGGACCAGAGCUGGAGAGGCAAGGGACAUACAGGAAGUACAGGGGAUGUCAAUGACCAAAUCAACGACCAAACCUUCCAAACAUUCCUACCACAACCAAGACCCUGGUCUACAGAAUAUUGGACUGUUUUCUCAACAGACGUUCACUACCGCAACUGUAAAAGUUACAGAGGGAAGCAGAUAUGGGACACAAGGAGGGAUAGGGAUUGGGAACGAAGCAGCCCCCCGAGAUCCCAUCUUCCACUCUUUCCCCCAAAACGAAGACAUACGUGGUCGAGCCGAGGGGUCGGAGGGGGCAAAAGAGGUACAAGGGCAUUCCCCACAGGAGGUAAAGGAGGAGGGACACCUGGAAGAGGAGGAGGAGAUAGAGACAGAGGAGGGAGAAGGGAACAUGUUGUCAGUAGGGAGCAAGGAGGAGUUUGGCCUGCUUCUGAAGUUCUUCACGGCUAUGGGCUAUGCGGAAGACGUGGUACUGAGGGUCCUAGCCCAGCCCAGACCCAGAGAAGCUUCCCAGAUCCUGGACCUGGUGCAACAAGAGCAGGACCGGACCAGACUGGCCAUGAACAGCCUUGUGGAGCUAGCGCAUAGAGAGGUGGAGGAGAGGGGAAGCGAGGGGGAGGAGAGCGGAGGUGAAGAAGUGAGAGGAAAGAGAAGCGGUAUAGAUAAAAGAGUGGCGAUGGAGGGAGGCGUGGGAGAAGGGGUGAGGGCUAGAGAAGAGCAAAGAGAGGAGAAGGGACGAGGGGAGAGUGCAGGAUUGUUUGAUGAUUUGUCCAAGGAUUCAACAGAGGUAGACAGGGGGAGAGGUGAGGGGGGCAGGGAGAGCAAUGAAGGGAACAGUAAGGGAGGAGAGGUGGGGAACGAGGAUGAUUUUGUACUGGGGGUGCUGAAGGGGGCUGCGGCCAACUGUGGGUACACAGAGGAGAAGGUAACAAAAGUAUACAGUAUGUUACCUGAACUGUCCAUACGUCAGCUACUCCUGGAGCUACAGAGAGAGAGCACCAGAGAGACAGAAUCCAAAUCCCAGGACAGGGUACGUGACGAACCAAGAGAGGUGAAUGAGGUUGUCUCAGAGGUACGGAAAAAGAAGUGCAGAAAAGAGGAAACGGAGAAGGAGAGGGGUAAAGAGAGGAAGGCACCGGCACAACCAUUCACAACUACUGAAAACCGAGGAGGAGAAAGGAAGAGUGCCAAAGGAAUGAGUGAAAGGAAGACUGAUGAGGUAGGAGGAGUGAAAGUGCCAAACCGAACCGUUGAUGGCCCAGUUAGGGUUGAACCGGAUCUGGCUCAGUGGAAUGCUGUGAUGAACCAGGUUCCGUUCCCGACCCAUGGUCUCCAGAAGAACCCCACACAGACACGACAGCAACCCGGCCAGACACCCCCCCCACGUCGAGCCAGCCCCCCUUUAGUCAGAGGGCCUCCCCAGCCCACCUACCCCAUCACACUACCUCCACAACCCACCAACCUUCCCUUAUUUCCCCAUCAACUCGUUUACCCUCUGACCCAGCCACACCAGACCACCUUAGACUCCGCCCUCACCGUGAAUAAAUCCUCAGCAACCAGAGUGAAGGAGAAACUGGGUUUCCUUACCCUAGCGACAGAGGUUCCAGAAAGAAAGGGUCUCCCUGCCCCGGCUGUUGACAGAUGGGGUCUCCCGCCCAUGGCAGCAGGGUCUUUAGUGACCGGGCAGCAGCGCUUCCUGGAAGGACUACAGACGCCAUUUGACCUCAAGCUGACUGACCAACCAGGAGACCCAGGGCUCAGGAUGGUGGUCAUCGACGGGAGCAAUGUUGCCAUGAGUCACGGUCUGGGUAAUUUCUUCUCGUGUCGAGGAAUCGCCCUGGCCGUGCAACACUUCUGGAACCGCGGCCAUCGCGAAAUCAGCACCUUACUGCCCCAGUGGAGGCAGAAGAGAGACCCCCGGGUCAAAGAGCAGCACUACCUUACUGAGCUCCAGAACCUGGGUCUCCUCUCCUACACCCCCUCCAGAGAGGUCCAGGGGAAGAGGAUAAACUCAUACGAUGACAGGUUCAUGCUGCAGCUGGCCCAGAAAACGGAUGGCGUGAUCGUGACAAAUGACAACUUUCGAGACCUGCUGGAUGAGUCCCAUGAAUGGAGAGACAUCAUCAAGAAAAGACUCCUCCAGUACACGUUUGUAGGUGAUCACUUCAUGGUGCCUGAUGACCCGCUGGGCCGAGAAGGACCCCAUCUGGAUGACUUCCUACGCUCACUGCACAGGACUCCUGUCUCAGGCAGUCACUCAUUUGCGGGCACUGCCUCCACCCCCUUCCCCCAAGCUCCCAGGGCCCAGACAGAGGUCCUGAAGUUCAGGGACAGAACACCUGGUGUAGCUGUAGAGCCAGAGUCCAGCCAGGCCCGCGGCAGAGGGAAAAGGAAGGGGCAGGCUCAGGCUGGACACGGUAGCCCUGGAAUGGACCUUGUUCCAGGGAUGGGCCUUGGCCUGGAUAUGGAGAGGAGUGCAGCAGAGACCUCCAGACUUAGGGAGAGCUUAUCCCAGGUGUUCCCAGGACAAGACAGCAUUGUUACUCUGGUGCUGCAGUGUAACCCUACAGUGACUGACAUCAAUUCACUGUCACACUUUAUGCUGCAGCAACAGAUAGAGAGUGAGCAUGGGGGUGUAGACUGAGUGAUGGGGGGAGGACGCUUGUUUGUGUGUGUGUGUGCGCGCGUGUGUUUGAGGUGGUAUUCCAGUAGUAUUCCAGAAAAAUAAGACUGUUUGAAGACCAAUAACUUUCUUUCUUCCUUUCUAUUCAGUCUAGUCCAUCGUGUGCAUAUUGAUGUAUUAAUGUAUAUUAUUUAAGUGUUUGAAUGAAAGGUUUAGUUAAAAGACAGACAGAUCUUCAAAGUAUGUUUCUUAAUAGAUUUGUAUCCAGUUAAUGUUGGAAACAGGACUUAAAUACUGCAAAACAAUUUUUAAAACAUAUUUCGUACCCUUACAUUUUUAUUUUAUUUUUUGUAUCACUUCUGGCCACUGUUGGAUUUUGUGUUAGGGAUGAGUAGUGUUGCUGAAUUCAGUGUACAAUGUUAUCUAUUGAACAUGACAUUACAGCAUGGAAUUAUUAAGUUGAUGAUGCUCAACUUCCAAUGAAUAAUUUUAAACUCAGAAGUGUCGUACUUCAAUAGUAUAACUUUGUUAAUGUUAUUACAUGAACUGUAGUUUAAAGAGUAAGACAAUUGUUUAUUUUUAUACUGUGUAUUCAUACCAUAAAUGCUGUUUGAAAUAGGAACAAUAUUAUUGUAAGAAGAGUUAGAAAAUGCAUAUAAACCAUAAUAAGAAUUAACAUAUUGAAAAAAUAUAAUCAAUCAAAUCUCAUUUAAUCAAUCAAUGAAUUAACACAUUACACAUGUUCUCCAUGUGGGGACUGUUACAUUGAAUGUAAAUUCAAACACACGUUUGUCAUGUUAAGACAGUUGUUUACACUUAGAAAUAACAAGAAAAGUAAGUACAUUUCAUCAAAAACAUGGAAGGUGUUCUACAGGGGUUGUUUCUUGGUCCUGUACUUUUUACUGUUUACAUUAACAAAAUUGUCUUGUCUGUAAAAAAAAGUGUAACUUGCACUUGUAUGCCUAAAGUACUGUUGUUUAUGCUAUUGUUGACCAAGCAUGGUUGACCAAGAUCUGUCUGAACUACAGUCUGCCUUCAUUGUAUUACAGAAAAACUUUAUUGACCUGAAAUUAGUAUUGAAUACAGGUAAAAGUAUAUGUAGUUCUCUAGAGCACAUAAACAUAGCUCUGUGUUAAGCAUAUGUACUUUGGAUGGUACAUUGAUUGUGUCCCUGCUUCUAAGUAUCUGUAUAGCUGAAAAGCUGUCUUUUAAAAAGCAUAUUCAUGAGUUAGUUAAGAAGCUGAGAAUAAAAAUGAGCUUCUUCUAUAGAAAUAGGUCCUGCCUCUCGAUAAAUAGAGGACCUGGGGUGGCAGGGUAGCCUAGUGGUUAGAGCGUUGGACUAGUAACCGAAAGGUUUCACGUUCAAAUCCCCGAGCUGACAAGGUACAAAUCUGUCGUUCUGCCCUAGAACAGGCAGUUUAACCCACUGUUCCUAGGCCGUCAUUGAAAAUAAGAAUUUGUUCUUAACUGACUUGCCUAGUUAAAUAAAGGUUGAAAAAAUCCAUUUAAAAAAGCAGAUUAAUCCUAGACUACGGCGACAUCAUCUAUAUGAAAUCAGCUGCUACUUCAUUAAAGCCAUUAGAUGCCGUUUAUCAAAGCUCAUUGCGCUUUGUUACGUGCGACAACUGUAAUGCUCAUCACUCUGCAUUCUCUACCAGAAAGUUGCUUGUCCCUUUUUGAUACAUUGCUUUGUUUUCAUUUAUAAAAGCACUUUUACAAAAAAGUCCCACUUUACCUAACGUCAUUACUGAACCUUUGACAUACGAGUUACCACACCUGGCCUUAGGGAUGGUUUCACUCUGGGAAUGUAUUUGUUCUCUACUGAGUUAGGUAAAUCAGCUUUUAGUUUUCAUGCACCUUAUUUGUGGAACGAUCUUCAAAAUGUUCUUAAAUGUGUUGUUUUGGUGCCUCUGUGGCAAUUCAGAAAGCUGAUUUUAGGACCUUAGUACUGAUGAAUGUGUUAUUUGUUUUAUGACCGUGUAGUUUCUUUCCUUCUGUUCGCAUUUCGUAUUUAUAUUGAUGUGUGUAUUCUCUGUCAUUUAUGUCAUUCAGGGCUCAUAAAAUAAAGGUUAAAUAAAUGAAUAAAUGGUGAAACAUUGACAUUUGUUGGUUAGGUUAGGGUUAAGGGGUCGGUUAUGGUAAGGCCAGUUUUAGGUUUUGGCAAAUUGGAAUGUCUGUCAGAAAUGUCCCAAAUAGCCUCCUGUAAUAAUAUUUACCGUUCCAACUUCACACUCGGUUCACUUGUUCCUCCUUUCUUCUUGCUCUAUUCUUGCUUGUCGAAGAUCUUUCCAUCGGGCUGCUCCUGCCAUCUCAGUUUGACAUCUUCAUCCACUCAGCUCUUUCUUUAUCUGAGGAAUAAAACAGCAUUUUGUGUACUGACUACCGACUAUGCAGCCAGCACUGGCUAACACUUUACUGUUCGCCCCCUUAUGUAUGCAUUCAUAAAGCUACGUAACACAUUAUAGCAUCAGUGAUAGGCAGUCAUAAACAUGACCAAGUGCAUAAGAUGCUUUAAAAGGUACGUUUAAUGGUCGCUGCAGAAGACCGACAAGUCUGCAGUAAAUUAUAGCUGAGAGGAAGAGCAGGUGAGACUCACCUGCUGUAAGAUGGCCUCCUGAACGGCAGGAUCAGUCGGGUCCACAGGUUUUCAAUGGGUUUCAAAUAUCUUGGUACGGGUCAAGUUUGUGAUGCAAUUGACCUUAUCAAGGGCCCCAAGACCAGUGGAAGCAAAAUAGCCCCAUAACAUUAAAAAAAUCCACCACCAUAUUUUACAGAUCUGGGGAAGUGUACCAAAACAUUUCUGCAGCAUUGAAGGUCCCCAAGAACACAGUGGCCUCCAUCAUUCUUAAAUGGAAGCAGUUUGGAACCACCAAGACUCUUCCUAGAGCUGGCCGCACAGUCAAACUGAGCAACUGGGGGGGAAGGGCCUUGGUCAGGGAGGUGACCAAGAACCCGAUAGUCACUCUGACAGAGCUCCAGAGUUCCUCUGUGGAGGUGGGAGAACCUUCCAGAAGGACAACCGUAUCUGCAGCACUCCACCAAUCAGGCCUUUAUGGUAGAGUGGCCAGAUGGAAGCCACUCCCCAGUAAAAGGCUCACUUGGAGUUCGCCAAAAUGGACUCUCAGACCAUGAGAAACAAGAUUCUCUGGUCUGAUGAAACCAAGAUUGGACUAUUUGGCCUGAAUGCCAAGCGUCACAUCUGGAGCAAACCUGGCGUCAUCCCUUUGGAGAAGAAUGGUGGUGGCAGCAUCAUGCUAUGGGGAUGUUUUCGGUGGCAACAACGUUAAGGUAUGAACUGUUUCGGUUGUUCUCUUUGUUGUUUUGCUAUUCAGUGUUCAAUUGAACUAAUAAAAGUAUGAACACGUACCACGCUGCGCUUUGGUCCUCUCCUUCCAACAGCCGUGACACCACCUCAACAAGACCAAUGCGCUUGUCAGCAAUCCUGGUCUAAAUGUUCUGAUAGUACAAACACUGAGCUGUAAAUACAAUGUUCUCAACAUUGUAUCAGAUAGAGAAGUAUUUUUCAAGCUUUCAAUUGUGCUUGCUGCUAUGGUACUCUCAAUGCAGUGUGAUGUAAGCAAAAAAAAACAUUUUACGGGUAACUUUCAACCAGCGUACCUGAACAUAUAAAUGUUCUUAGCAAAGAAAUGUGAAAAUAAUUGUAAAUGGACCAUUCUGCCUGUCACGACUUCUGCCGAAGUCGUUGCCUCUCCUUGUUCGGGCGGUGCUCGGCGUUCGACGUCACCAGUCUUCUAGCCAUCAUUGAUCCUUUUUUCAUUUUCCCUUGGUUUUGUCUUGUCUUCCCACACACCUGUUUUCAAUCCCAUUCAUUACCUGUUGUGUAUUUAACCCUCUGUUUCCCCUCAUGUCUUUGUCAGAGAUUGUUUUAUUGUCAGUGUAGUGUGAUUGUUGUAUAGGUGCGCGUCGGGUCCUUGUACCCAUGUUUGUUUGUUUGUUUAUGUACAUUUAGUGUUAUGGAGCAUACUCCGUGGACUUUAUUAAAAGACUCCAUUUUACACUCCA